GUGGGUGCUGCUGUGCUGUGUGCUGGGUAGAUAUAUGGAAGAGGCAGCAGCAGGGAGCAACUCAUCAUACAACAGCCGCGGCACGAUCGAGCCUCAACUGCCGCUCCUCCUCCUCCUCCUCCUCUCGAUCUUCUCAAAAAAGGCUUCCAACGCCACCACCUGCCCCCGUCCUGCCUACACUCGCACGUACUAGUAUAACCAAGCUCGGAGGGGGCAGCGCUGCUGCACCCAGCACCCACCUACGUGCGUGCGCGCGCCGACGGUGCACUUCUUCCAUCGUAUCCUCCCUCCCGCUCUUCUAAAUUUGGGGACGACAGCUCCUGCGGCGGGCAAGCAUGAAGGACGUCGUCGUGGCGGUGGCGGACGGGAGGGCGACCGGCAAGCACGGACAUGGCGGCAUGGGUGGGUCUCCUUCGUCGACGCCACCCUGCGCGGCGUGCAAGAUGCUGCGGCGCCGGUGCUCGCCGGGGUGCGUCUUCGCGCCCUACUUCCCCGCCGGGGAGCCGCACAGGUUCGCCUGCGUGCACAAGGUCUUCGGCGCCAGCAACAUCAGCAAGCUCCUCCAGGAGGUGCCGGUGGAGCACCGUGGUGACGCGGUGAGCAGCCUGGUGUACGAGGCGAACGCGCGGAUGAGGGACCCCAUCUACGGCUGCGUGGGCGCCAUCACGUCGUUGCAGCGGCAGGUGGAGUCGCUCCAGACCCAGCUCGCCCUGGCGCAGGCGGAGAUGAUCAGGCUCAGGAUGGCCGAGGCUUGCGCCGCCGCGCGCCGCGGCGGCAAUGGCAAUGGAAGCAGCUCCGGCGGAGGCUCGCCGUCCUCCAUGUCAGACUACAAGACCACGCCGGACCUUCAUGUGGCCGUGGACCAGCACAACGUGAUGGAGCUGGAGUACGCCACGUUAUGGUACUAGACUGACCACACCGACGGGAGCUGUUGUUUUGGUUGGAGCCGGGCAACGGGGCAAUCGUUUAGGGCUGAUUUAGUGCAUCAUCAGGUGAUGGUUUCGUGUCACUGAUGGUUUGGUAUAUAUAGCAGCAGUAGUAGUAAGUACAUGGUGAUCAAGGGGUUUUUGGCUGUCCAGAAGGUAGAGGGAACACUGCUACAAACAGACAUUGGCGUGUGAUUUGUGUUAUCCAUUUCAAGAACCUUGUUGCUGUUGAACUCUGCUGUGGAGAUUCAGAUUGGUUCA